CGUAUUGUACAAAUACUGGUACUCGCUGAGUGGCGAUUGUGACUUGUGAAUUGUAAUUUUUAUUUCUGCUGCGUUUAUUAUUAAUAUUAAUUUAAUAUCUGUUUUGAGUAGUUCAUUUUCAUUCCCAUGGUUUAGUGAAAAUGUCGCUAACGGAUACAGAAUGUUUGAAAGAUACGGUGAAUGUAUUAAUAAAUGCACUCUGCGACAGCGAUAACUCUGUAAACAACAACAUAAUAAAAUCUCUUACGAAAAUAGCCAAUCGAUAUCCUAAUGAAGUAAUUGAAAUAAUAUGUGAAUUUUACAAAAACACAGUUCGAAUUAACGUCGUACAAACGGGAAAUAUUGUACAGGUGUUAGAGCGAACAUGUGUAGACCAAGUGAAGAAACUAAAUCCGUCAACAGCGGCGGAGCUCGUCAAUGCUAUGCUCAGGGCGAUGACGGAAAACCCUUCGUACGAGCCAACUGUGCAGAUGGGAGCUUCAGCCGUUCUUGUGGCUCUGGGCCAUGAGUUUCUGGAUCUCGUACUUCGCAGCCUCAUAAACCAAUUGUCCCCGGCUUCCGUGCCGCACUACACAAUCGCUCACACCCUGGGCACACUGGCCGUCCUAAACACCAAGGACAUGGUGCCGCAUAUCAAGGAGAUCCUGGGCAAAAUGCUACCUUUGUUGCCCCUAGUCAGGCAAGAUGGUCUCAGACAGGCGUUCGCGUAUGCGUUCGGACAUUUCGCUGUCGCGGUGGCUGAGCAAAUAGGCGACAACGUCGAGACCGACAACAUAACAUCGAUAAAGGAUAACUUUGUCACGGAAUUCUCGAUUGUAUUCGAUGUCCUAUACAACCAGUGGUUGCCUUCUUAUGAGCCGAAAGUAUCAGAAUCAGUCCUCGAGGCUUUAGGCCCAAUUACCAGACUUAUUUCAGAAAGGCAGUUCAACGAGACUGUCAAUAAAUUUGUACUUUCAUUGCUCUCUUUGUAUCGAAAACCAACGAUAAACUUCUUUAGUAUCAGCCAAUGUAUUUCGUAUUUGCUAGCUCCAUCUCCACUGAAUCCCAAACUGUCGCUAAAUGAUAACGUAAUUAAUUCGAUAAACCACGUUUUAUGUAACUUGGUUCUGUUGGAACCAGAUUACGAUCAGCCACAUACAGUUAAGAAUCAUUUUGAAGUGCUCCGUUGUUUUGAUCACAUGGCGACACAAUAUCCAGAUCAAACCAUUGAAAUGCUCUUGCACAUGUGCAAAAAUAAUCAAGAAAGAGAAAGACUGAGAGCGGUUAUAAUACUUACACAUUUGACGACAUCGUCACAAGUGUUUAUCGAAAAUUUCGCAACGAAAUUCAUAACCAUUUUAAAAGUGAUGAUCGUGAUGGAACAGGGUGUUAAAAUGAAGAAGAUUCUCGUCAAAGCAAUAGUUGCUUUGGUAUAUAGGAAUUGUAUUAUGGCCACAGAGGAUUUUGCAAUGGUAGAGUUUAUAGUAAAACACUGUGGUUAUGAAGGACCAGCAACAGUUUCCAAAGCUGAGGCGCAGGACUUACGUGACACUUGCAGAAAUUCAUUGGUUCUUAUGUGCAAUACUGUCACAAGUGUACGGACACAAUUAUUACAUUUACUCCUAACUGCCCUCACUGUUGAAGAUUUCACUCCAUCCAUGUCUACAGUGAGUCAUUGUCUCACUUCUUUACUACAGAAUAAUUCUGAAGUAACUACAGAUGAGCCUUCAGAUAGUGUUGAGUCAAAAUGUUCACCGGACCUUGUAUUCGUUCGAUGUCUGAUGCACGUCGUUGAUCCAGACGAGAAAGAUAGAAACAGGAACCUUCUUAUGUUCCUAGAAGAGUUUUCUGGUGAUGUUCAUAAGAAUUUAAAGAAUGCGUGGACCAUUGAAUUAGAUAGAUUACUAAAGUAUGUUGAGAAAAAUGAAUCUAGAGAACAGUGGCAUGGAAUGCUAUUGGAUCUAUUGGUUUCCGCUGUUGAACAGGUUAAUAGCAACAAAUGGGUUGAGAAAAUAUCGUCAUUGAUUUCUCAACAGAUUCUCUCUAAAAAACAAUCGCCGAUGAUCAAAGGCGUGGCUUUACAGUACUUAGCUGUUUUAUCUUGUCAUAUGUCAAACGCCGCUGCAGUUGAGACUGUGUUAAAGAUAAUUCUUCUUGCUCUCAAAUCAAUUCCAAUUGAAAGUGUUGAUUACGUAAGCAAAGCAAUAGGCAUCGCAUCUAGACAACACGGAGAAUCCGUACUAAAUGAAUUGGAUGCGCUAUACAAAGACAAUGAAGCAAAACGAAGCAAUAAAUUAAUGAAUUUCCUCUCAUCUAGAGCAUCUAAGAAUGACGCCGAACUUGCUAUAGUCAAGUACGCUCUUAUAACGUGCUACGGAAAGGUCGCAAGGGAAUGUCUAGACGUUCAUGUCCUAGCCAGAUUAGGUGAAAAUGUCACAUCAAUUCUAUUAGAAAUCCUUAAAUCAGGUCCCGGUUUCGAUCUGUGCAACGCAAGUGUAACAACGCUUUACGAGAUUAGCAAGGCACUUCACCCAGCGGCCCACCAUAAUGUUACUUUGAGAAAUCGCUGGCAAUUAUUAAAUGCUGUUCUCGAACAAAUUUAUAAUUCCAAUCUGGAAAAACGGAAUGUUGAACUAUAUCCCAUAAUAGUGAAAGCAUCAAAAGCGCUCACGAAGUUACAAAAAGGCAUUUUGCCGGAAGAACGUAAUACAAUUCUUCGCGUACUCUUUAACAGUAUAUUUGGAGAACUAUCUUCGUUUAAACGGAAGUAUGAAAUUGAAGGCAACGGUGAUAAAAACGAUUUAUUGGCCAAAACAUUAAACGAUUCUUUAACUUUACUUCAUGAAUUGAUAAAAGAAUUGAUCAUUCAGUCAACAUGUUUGAGUACAAUAGAUGAUAUUAUUGGUUUACUUAUGGAGUGGAUCCGUCAUGAAAACGACGAGAUAAGAACCGCUGCUGUACUUAUUCUUCAAGUCGUCUUUGAUGCUUAUAUUAAAAAUGUUAAACUAAACUACGAAGCUCCCAGUAAAUUUGGUCAAAUGGGGUAUUUAUUAGGUCUCAUUAUCCCCGGGGUAGCUGAUACUAAUUUCCCAGUUAGAUUAACGACAGUAGACUGCAUCAAACUCAUAAUUCAGAUACAAGAUUUGUACGAAGGCCAUACGAUUGAGCCAGACGACGAAUGUAUGAGCAAUCUAACCCAGUUACAGAACAAUAUUCUAACGAAUGAUCUGUGUAUGAUAAGUGAUUAUUGUAUGAAGCUGUGUGAUACAAUUUCUCCUAAAAUACCCCACUUGCAUACUAUGCAAUUCAUAGAAAGUUUGCUUGAAAGUUACGAUGGACAUGAGUUGCGUAGUGUUGGUAUUAGUUCUAUAUUAGACGCGUUCUUCGUAAAGAAGGGGCAGGAUUUGUAUCAGAGUAUAGAGAGGAUAGUGGAAGUUAUGUUGGUGACGAUGGAAAUGGUGAAUGAUGAGGCCAGAGCGAGGCUCAUGCGGCCACUGAUGUCGUUGACGAGACAUCAUUCCAAUGCAGUGACUGCUGUACUAUUGGGACAGAGGAUUCCGUUGAGGCCUUGCGUAGUAAGUUGCUGGCGGCAUCUAGCCCGUGACGAGGGACUCUCCAUAGCCAUAGUGGACAAUUUCUUGCGACUCAUGACUUCUAUAGAGUUGUAUGAAGACCCCUACCAUAUCACUGAACAUCACAUCGCUGCAUUGCAACCUAUGACUCUCAUAAGCGCUCUAGGCGAGAUGUUACAAGAGGAAUCUAUGCGACCAAUAUGCAUGAACAAAUUCUCAGAACUAUUUGCCGUACUCUACACGACUUUAGCUUGUUAUGUAGAGGCGGAACCACCAGCGUAUGUAGUACCAACAAAUAAGGGACAAGAGAGAUUCGGAUUCAUUCCCAACAGAGAAGCUAUCAAAUUGUCCCCGGCUAGGAUCACUGUGAACACCUUUAAUAGCUUCCUAGAGAGAGCUGAUUGUUAUAAGGUCAAGGAAGCGUGCUCUCUAUGCUUAAGCAUAGAACAUGGCGAUAGCUCAAGCAUUAUCCUGGAACUAGCGCCAAUCCUGGGCAGUUCUCUCAGCCGUUCCUGCCCGGGCCAGCUCUGUCGGUUAGUGGGAAGUGUCGCUGGAUACGCACGGUCGCCAUUACCGCCACAACGGUGUGCUGUUAUCGCGUUGUUGGCUGAUCUUUUGAACUAUCGGUGCAACGACAACCCGAUACUAAUAGAGAGUGUGAUAGCAACUCUAAACUCCGGUUGGAAGGACGAAAGCCCACGCGUGCGUUGCGUGAGCCUGCGCGGUGCUGCCAACCUCACGUGCCUGCGUUCCACUGCAUCGUUACCGGCUGCUAUAUCCGCGCUGAGCCAGGGGGUGGAUGCACAGAUGAUGGUAUCGCCCGUCGAAAACGUUCCCCUAGCUGCCAUACAAGGGCUCAGUCGUCUUUUGACUGAAACUGACAAACUGGACAAAGAGUUGGAUCGAGAAUUACUCGCGAUCUCCCAGAAAAUCCGCCCCUUCAUGAACACGGAUUGUAGCCAAUUAAGGGAGAACUCCAUUCGUCUCUUUGGCAUCAUCGCUGAGAAGGUCAAGUCUGAAGGAUUAGUGGAGCAAGCUAUAAGUUCUCUGCCGUGCUUCCUGUUGCAUUUGUGUGACAGCAAUCCUGCUGUUGUGAGGGCGGCCAAAUCGACGCUCCGCCAGCUGUUCCGGACGUUCAACGCGCGCAAGUCGAACGAGUUCAUCCAGACGCACCUCGUGGACGAGGGCCGGCUGUACCUGGAGCAGUUCCUCAGCGCCCUCGUGCGGCAGCUCGCGGACGAGCGGCCCUGCGCCCUGCCGGCCUGCGUGCGCGCCCUGCUGCCCUACCUGCACACCGCACGGGACGCGCUGCGGCCCUACGCGCCCGCCCUGCUCGGUUACCUAUACGCAGAAUUAGACCGGAUCCAGGAACAAUACCCAGAAGAAACGCGUUUAGAACCAGACAUUAUCCGCACAGCUAGAUCCAGACUUUUACAGCUCAUAAAAGACCCUAACCCUCUAGUUCGACAACAUUCAGCUUUCGCUCUAGCGAAUAUAACCCUUGUGUGUACUGAAAUAUGACCCAAAGUCCGACUCACUUCAGAUUUGGUAAAUGGCAAGAUUGUUAACAGGAUAUACAUUGUCCAAUGAUUGCACUUAGUGGCCUUAGAAGCAGGGUUGAGGUUGGUGAUUGGAUGAUCCUUAUGUCUAUUGGAAUAAGGUCUCUAAUGCAGUAAUGCAUUUGUUUUACUAUCUUAUGUCAUUAAUUUUUGAUUUUUAAGGGCUGAUUUUUCAAUCUUUGGUUAACACCAAGGUUAAAACUUAUUCAUCGAAUAACGUAU